GUCAGUGGCUGUGCUACUGCCGCACGUGUCUCGCUUACAUACGCGAGGAAAGUUCCAGUGGCGCUGUAGUAAGCGAUCGUACUAUACGACCAUCAUGAGCCAAUAUCCAGUCCCUCCUCCUUCGUACGGUACUACCCCCAAGGUAAAUCACAGCAGAGACCCCCGUGAUCCUCUCGUUGGUAGUAGCUCAGGAGGCGCUUUCUACGACCAGCCUGAGGCCGGCGACCUCCCUGAUGACUUCAAGUACGGUGUCAGCGUAGCCGAAAGCGCACCGGAGAUCCGAAGGGCGUUCGUUCGCAAAGUGUACACUAUCCUUCUCUGUCAAAUACUUGCAACAUGUAUCGUCUCAGGUGCUAUGUCUCGGUCGCCUUCGACAAUUGGCUGGGUCGUCUCGCAUUCUUGGUCUUUCUAUGUUCCGCUUUUCGGAACACUCGUCAACCUCGGAUUCUUGUAUUGGAAGCGCCAUGAUCACCCUCUCAAUCUUCUGUUGCUUUCAACCUUUACUGUCUUGGAGGCAUUCACGCUUGGAGUUGUAGUCGCUUUCUACCGAACUGAUAUUGUUAUUCAAGCCUUGCUCAUUACUCUGGGGGUGUUCAUCGGUCUAACACUGUUCACUUUCCAAUCAAAGUAUGACUUUGAAGGGAUGGGCCCUUUCCUUUUUGGUGGUCUCAUCGCACUGUGCAUGACCGGCUUUGUUGGCAUCUUCAUUCCCUUCGGACGCACUAUGGACCUCAUCUACGCUAUCUUCGGAUGCCUCCUUUUCAGCGGAUAUGUCGUCUACGACACGUACUUAAUCAAUGCAAAACUAUCACCCGAUGAAUAUAUCAUGGGAUCGAUCAGCCUUUACCUAGACUUCAUCAAUCUAUUCCUCAACAUCCUACGCCUGCUCAACAACGCGCAAGAAAGAUAAGCGGUGAACGAUGUGAUCAAGUGUCUUCGACAAACGUUGUGUAUAUGAAUAUCUAUCUCCAGAAACGUAUUUACAGAGCUUGCAUCAGUUACAGUGUGUAUUGGGCAGCUGGUCUAUCUUUGAUU